AUGGCAAUGUGUGUUGAGUUGUAUAUUGUUGUCAUAAGAUUCAUAAAUUUAUUCAAUGACGUUUAUUCUCCACUCAUUUUGCUACAUUUAGUUAAUGUCACCAUCACAAUCUGCGUGGAAUUAUACAUAGUCACAAAAAGCACAAAAACUGAAUAUCUCUUUAUUAAAAGUGUACUAUACACAAUCACUGUUAACUUUCAGUUUUUACUGUUAUUUGGCAUUCCGUCGCAACUUGUAACCAAUGAGGCGGAAACAUUAUAUGAAACACUAUGUUCUACUGAGUGGCAUGAAAUUAGAGAUACCGAAUUAGAAAAAUCAUUUCUGAUGAUUUUACGUGCAGUUCAAAAACCUGUGAACAUUGCAGCAGGAAAUUAUUUUAUUAACAAUAUGACGAUUUUACAGACAUUUAAAACCAGUUUCUCAUUUUAUACGUGUAUUAAUACUGUAGGAAUAAAACAAUAAUUGGCAGCUUACAAUUUGGGUAGAUUUAUAAAUUCACUCGUGCUUUAUAAUUUUAGUCUAAUUAGUUUAAAAGUUAAUGUGCAAAAAUUAAGUUUAGAAAAACAUGUAUGUAUAUAAAUGUAGCAAAUAUAAAUUUUCUUAUUGUCAGUAA